AAAAAUAUAAAGAAUAAUAUUGUAUACGAUAAAUAAGACAACACGAGAAAAUUAAAAAACAAAUUGUAGAAAGUUUAAAUUAAUUUAAAUAAUAAAAAAAUAUUAACGUCUAAGAUGAAAACGGAUAAAAACAUGCAUUCUAAGUCUAUUGAGUAUCUCUCGAAAGAUAUAAUCGAUGAGGACUUAUUGAGAUCUUUUGAACCCAUCCGACGACUGCAAUUUAUAAUGGGCUCUUGCCGUGUCGACGGCAGACAUAGAUUCGUAACUGCACCGACGUUAUAUCAAAGAUUAUAUUCGAUUUUACUAUUAAUUUUAGUAUUAUUAGUAAAUUUCAAAUUGAUUUCAAUAAUAUACAGCAUUUUUCAUAAUUAUCAAGCCCUAGUAUUUACAAUUUUAUUUGAAACAAGUCACUAUUCAAAUUUGAUGGUAUAUUUUGCUAUGCAUCUGCGUGUCAUAAAUCGUAUAUUAAAGAAUUAUUUGAAAGAAGAAUUUAAAGAGGACAUCAUAGAUCUCACAGUACCAUUCAGUAGUGGUUACUAUGUCAAAGUACUUUUCGAACAAAUUGAAAUGAAAAACUACGACCUAAAAUCAUUCGAUGUUUACGCGUAUUUGAAGAAAUUGCUAAGUGUUUUCUCUCACUAUCAGAAAAUGUAUAUGUUUCAGUGUGUCAAAUUUGUUGUAUGCGGUGUGUCAUCAUUUCAAUUUAUACUUCUACUUGUACAAAACAACGUAAGUGUUUUUAUACAACCAACUAUACAUACAUCUACAAUAUUAGUACUAUGUCUUCGGUGCGAACUAUUUCUCAACGAGUUAAAAUUAUCUAAACAACUGUCAAUUUCUGUAAUGUCGUAUCAUAUGUACGGACCAAUAAGAGAAAAGGCGAAAAAGAUAUACAAAAUAUUGGAUGAAACUCCACCUACGUUCAUGGUUUACGACAUGUGGGAAAUGAAUGCGCGCCUUUUGAUCCAGUUUGGCAAAAUUCUAACCGGACUAUAUGUGACUUUGCUGCAAUUUGCUUUUCUUUAA